CGCUGCAGGCACACAGAUUUCCUUCAACGUGGUUUUUCGAUUCUUUUUCGAUUCUUUUUUUUUCUGCGUUGCUUGCAAACAGACGACGAUAUGAAGCUCAACGUGUCCUAUCCCGCUACGGGGUGCCAGAAAUUGUUCGAGGUGGUGGAUGAGCACAAGCUCCGCGUCUUCUACGAGAAGCGUAUGGGCCAGAUCGUCGAGGCCGAUAUCCUGGGUGAUGAGUGGAAGGGCUACCAGCUGCGCAUUGCCGGCGGCAACGACAAGCAGGGCUUCCCCAUGAAGCAGGGUGUGCUGACCCACGGUCGUGUGCGUCUUCUGCUGAAGAAGGGACACUCUUGCUACCGUCCCCGCCGUACUGGCGAGCGCAAGCGUAAAUCUGUGCGCGGAUGCAUCGUUGACGCCAACAUGUCUGUGCUGGCUCUGGUCGUGAUCAAGAAGGGCGAGCAGGACAUUGCUGGACUCACCGAUACCACCAUCCCCCGCCGUCUGGGACCCAAGCGUGCCAGCAAGAUCCGCAAGCUCUACAACUUGAGCAAGGAGGAUGAUGUCCGUCGCUUUGUCGUCCGUCGCCCUCUGCCCGCCAAGGACAACAAGAAGGCCACCAGCAAGGCCCCCAAGAUCCAGCGCCUCAUCACGCCCGUCGUUCUGCAGCGCAAGCACCGCCGCAUCGCUCUGAAGAAGAAGCGCCAGCAGGCUUCCAAGGAGGCUGCCGCCGACUACGCCAAGCUGUUGGUGCAGCGCAAGAAGGAGUCCAAGGCCAAGCGUGAGGAGGCCAAGCGCCGCCGUUCCGCCUCCAUCCGCGAGUCCAAGAGCUCCAUCUCGAGUGACAAGAAGUAAAGGGUUCCCGCGAACCGAACACCCCACAUUCGUUGUUUAAGCAGAACACCAGAUCCGUAGUACAUCCCGAUGCUCUACGGGAGGAGAAAAGAAAUUCAAAUACCCAUUUAUGAUGAAUAAAUGUGUGCAAAAACGGUA